AUGGAGGACUUGCCCGAUCGUUCUUGUGCUUACUGCGGUAUCACGUCUCCCGACAGUCUAGUGCACUGUCAGACGUGCGACAAAUGGUUCUGUAACGCAAAGACCUCCCGCGCCGGGUCCCAUAUUGUCACCCAUAUGGUUUUUUCCAAGCACCAGAGCCUGUGUCUUCACCCGGACUCUGAUUUCGGCGAGACCAUGCUGGAGUGCUACAAUUGCGGCAACCGCAACCUGUUCGUGCUUGGAUUUGUUUCUGCGAAAACAGACUCGGUCGUCGUGAUUCUGUGUCGUCUGCCCUGUGCCGCGUCCAAGAACGCUGACUGGGACACAGAGAACUGGCAGUCGCUGGUAGAAAACCGCCAGCUGCUGCCGUGGAUGGCCAAACCGCCGUCCGAGGAAGAAAUACAACACGCCAGACCAAUUACAGCCGUCCAGAUAUCCAAGCUGGAAACAAAAUGGAGGCAGGAUAAGGAUGCCACGCUCAUGGACUUGGACCAGGAAGAAGUCGAGGAGGAGCUCGAGCCAAUUUUGAUGCGGUAUUCCGACGCAUACCAGUACCAGCGGGCGUUCUCGCCGUUGGUGCAGUACGAGGCCAAUUACGACAAGUUGCUCAAACAGUCGCAAAGUCUCCAGAUCCGAAAUAUAGAGUGGAGUCUGGGAGAUAAUGGCAUGCGACUGGCCUCGUUCACCUUGCCGUCGUACGACGCAUUUGCCAUCAAGCUUAACGUCGGCGACCCGAUCGAGCUGAAAUACUCGGGGCCAGAACUUGGCGACCCGUGGCAGGUCAGCGGAUACAUUGUCAGAGUGCCUGGUGUUUUAAACAACUACUUCACCGCAGAGCUGCUCGCCUCACAGUCAGAUAAAAUGCCCGUCCACAUCUCGUCGGGCUUCACUGCAGACCUCGUCUGGAAGGGAACGUCGUACGAUCGCAUGCAAAAAGCCAUGAAGCACCUGGCCGUGAACAGCAAGACUGUCUCCGAGCACGUCUACUCUGCUCUGCUUGGAAUCGACCACCAACCAACAGCGUUCCCAGUCAGCCAGAAGCAGAACUACUCGGUGCCAAAGUCCACGAAGCUCAACGCUUCACAGGACAAUGCCAUCAAGAGCGUGCUUUCCAAGCCGUUCUCUCUUAUUCAGGGUCCUCCCGGUACAGGGAAAACAGUCACCUCUGCAAACAUCGUAUACCAACUGGCAAAAAGACAGAAAAAGCCCGUGCUGGUGUGUGCGCCGUCCAACGUGGCCGUCGACCACCUGGCGGCCAAACUCGAGUCGCUUGGUCUGCGAGUGGUGCGUUUGUUCUCGAAGAACCGCGAAGAUGUUGAGUCGUCCGUGCAACACCUCUCGCUCACGGAAAAGGUCAAAUCGACUGCAGCCAUCAAGGGCUUUUACAAGUCCAAGGACUCCAACGGCAAAUUGUCCGCUGCAGACGAAAAACAGCUCGAAACACUCCAGUUUAAAGAGCAGCGCAGACUUAUCGUGAACAGUCAGGUGGUAUGCUGCACGUGUGUGGGAGCCGGAGACCACCGUUUGGACAAGCUCAAGUUCCCUAGCGUGCUGAUCGACGAGAGCACGCAAGCAUCCGAGCCCGAGUGUUUGAUCCCAAUAGUGAAGGGCGCGAACCAGGUGGUUUUGGUCGGAGACCACCAGCAACUGGGUCCGGUGAUAUUGAGCAGAAAGGCGGGCGACGCUGGACUCAAGCAAUCGAUGUUUGAACGGCUGAUCCAUCUGGGCCAUAUUCCGAUCCGGCUGGAUGUGCAAUACCGUAUGCAUCCAUGUUUGUCGGAGUUUUCAUCGAACAUUUUUUACGAUGGUAGCUUGCAGAACGGAGUUUCAGCAGAAAGCCGGAUCCGCGCCAACAACAUGUUCCCAUGGCCGAUCAGAGAGAAACCAAUGAUGUUCUGGGGGGUGGGUAGCUCCGAGGAACUUGGACCGUCCGGGACGUCAUAUUUGAACCGGGCAGAGGCCAUUAACUGCGAGCGGGCCAUCACGCGACUUUUUGCCGAGGGGGUCGAGCCGAGCCAGAUCGGCGUGAUAACUCCGUACGUUGCGCAGAAGGAGUUCAUUGUGCAGUAUAUGGGCACGCACGGGACGUUUGCGGACAAGUCGAAAUAUCUGGAGGUCGAGAUAGCGUCGGUUGACGCUUUCCAAGGACGCGAGAAGGACUACGUGAUCUUGUCGUGUGUGCGGGCGAAUGACAACCAGAGCAUCGGGUUCCUCACAGAUCCACGCCGGAUGAACGUUGCAUUGACCAGAGCACGGUACGGCAUGGUGAUAUUAGGUAAUCCGAGAACUUUGAGCAAAAACAGUAUAUGGAGUCGGCUAUUGCUGCAUUACAGAGAAUGUGGCUGUUUGGUGGAAGGAGACUUGGACAAUUUGAGACUGAGCAAUCUGCAAUUGCAACGGAGCGUGCCGUAUCGCGCCAGAGAACAGGGAUCUUCCACUCCGACCAGCGCGGGAGAUCUGUUUGGUAGCCAGCUGGACCUGAAUCUGCACGGGGGUGCACAGAGCUGGCCCAAGCUGGGAAGCGAGCUGGACACGCCGGCAAACGCCCGCAGCAUGCAUGACGAUGAGAUCAAAAAUCUGGCCGAGCAAUUGCAGGGCAAGAUAAGAUUCUGA